AAGACUUUGGAUAUGUACCAAUUUUUGAUAAGAAAAUCGUUUAAAAUAUUAUCAUUAAGCUGUAUAAAAAAUUUUACUUUCGUAAAGGUUUGAAAUGGCUUUAAUUUCUCGAAUAACUCGAUUGUCUAGCUAUACUCUGUACUCCGGAACAUUAUCCAGUUCAUGUAGUGUGUAUAAUGUUCUAAACAUUCCUUGUUGUGAAUAUAAAUUAUUUAUGACAGCGCCGAAAUUUCCGAACUUAUUUCUAGAAAAUCUUUCUUGUCGGAGGUAUUCAUCUCAAAGUAAUAAAGGUUUUCAUAAGAAUACUUCAGAACAAACAGAGUUUGUUCAGGCUGUUCCUAAAAAGGACUUAAGUCAAAGAGAAAGACUUAAACAAGCCGUUAAAGAAUAUGGAACUACCCUCAUUGUAUUUCAUGUUGGAAUUUCCCUUAUGUCUCUCGGCUUAAGUUAUCUUGCUGUUUCGAAUGGUGUUGAUCCUGUCAAAAUUUUCACUUUUCUUGGAUUUUCAGAAUCUGUAAUAUCAAGCAAAGUUGCUGUCGAAGGAAGUACUUUUGUUAUAGCAUAUGGUGUUCAUAAGGUAUUUGCACCUGUCCGAAUUGGUAUAACUUUAUCUUGUGUACCAUUUAUUGUUAGAUAUCUGAGAAAAAUCAAGUGGCUAAAACCUCCUGUGAAAAAAAUUUGAAAGUACUGCAUUAAUUUUUCGUAAAUGCAGUUAAAUGUCUCUCUUUUAAUUUUGUGUAUUAUUUUACAUAUUGAACUCUAGAUUGAUUUGUUUUGGCCUUUAAUAUAAUAUUUCUGUCCAAAAACUUUUGUAAAAUGUUAGAGUUGUUAUAUAUUCAUUAUCAUUUUUUGUAUAAAGUUGUAAAUUAAUAAAUGUAAAUACACUGUUU